AUGAACCCUUAUAACUAUUCUUCAAUCCCUUUUGUUUGCAAUUUUAAUGACUAUGAUCCACUGAAAGAAAUAUCAAUAUAUUUUGUAACCCUGAUAUAUCAAGGAAUAGGAUUAUUUCUGCAUUUAUCAAUUAUCAGAAUUAUCGUUUUAAAAGAAAGAAAAUACUAUAGUAGAAGUUCUUUCUUUCAGAUUUUCGUGUCGGAUUCCAUAGAAAGCUCUAUUUUGAUCCUUACUUCACUCCUGAAUCGUCUUGUAAUCUACGUUCCGCAACUUUGUCCAGUUAUUGGACCAUAUUUUUGGGAACCAUCAGUUUUGUUAAAGUUUGUAUAUGUCAUCCUAUUCCGUCAGGCAUCCUAUUCCGUCAGGCAAUUUUAA